UAUGCAGUUGUGAGCACGUGUGUGUUUUGUGGUUUGAUUUUUUUUUUUUAAAUUCAAUUCAAUUUUCAUCGAACAAAAUGGUGAAUAAACUGUACGUGUUGUACGAACAUGCUGCUGGCUAUGCACUUUUCAAAGUGAAAGAAUUUGAAGAGAUAGCAAUGUUUUUGCCACAGGUUGAAAAAGCCACAUUGAAUGCUGUCAAAUUUAAAACAUUUGUCAAUUUGGUUGCAUUUUUGCCAUUCAAAUCUGGUACAAAUGCAUUGGAUAAUAUAAAUAGUUUAUCCGAAGGUAUCAUACAUGAAGAUUUACAAGCAUUCCUUCAAACAAAUCUUCCACAAAAUGUGAAAAAAUCGAAAAUUAUACUCGGUGUUGGUGAUGCAAGAAUCGGAUCGGCAAUCCAAGAAACAUUGGGCUAUAAUUGUCAAUUUACUGAAAUUGUUCCUGAAAUAUUGCGUGGAAUUCGUUAUCAUUUUCAUGAAUUGAUUGAAGGAUUAAGUCUAAGUUCGCUUGGUUCAGCCGAAUGUAGUCUUGGUCGAAGUUAUUCACGAGCUAAAGUAAAAUUCAAUGUUAAUCGUGCCGAUAAUAUGGUCAUACAUAGUAUCGGUCUUGUCGAUCAAUUAGACAAAGAUAUCAAUACAUUUUCAAUGCGUUUGAAAGAAUGGUAUUCAUAUCAUUUUCCAGAAUUAUCGAAAAUCAUUACCGAUAAUCAUAUGUAUGCAAAAGUGGCACAAAUUAUUGGUGAUCGUAAAGAAUUCAUUGCUAAUGAAGAUGACACAAUUACGCAAGAACGUUUGGAAGAAAUUAUUCAAGAUUCAUCCAAAUCAGCUGCUAUAAUGAGUGCGGCUAAAUCAUCGAUGGGAAUGGAUAUUUCAAAAAUUGAUCUCAUCAAUAUUGAAUAUUUUACCUCGAAAGUUAUUUCAUUGGCUGAAUAUCGUAAACAAUUAAUGGAUUAUCUUGUUUCUCGUAUGCACAAUAUUGCACCGAAUUUAUCUGCUUUAAUUGGAGAGACGGUUGGUGCACGUUUAAUAUCACAUGCUGGAAGUUUAAUAAAUUUAUCUAAAUAUCCUUCGUCCACUGUUCAAAUAUUGGGUGCUGAAAAAGCAUUGUUUCGUGCAUUGAAGAAAAAAGGUAAUACACCUAAAUAUGGGCUGAUUUAUCAUUCAACAUUUAUUGGACGUGCUGGUAAUAAGAAUAAGGGCAAAAUUUCACGAUUUUUGGCCAAUAAAUGUUCAAUAGCCUCAAGAAUCGAUUGUUUUGCCGAAGAUGCUACUGAUGUUUUUGGACAAAAACUUAAAGAACAAGUAGAGGAAAGAUUAAAAUUUCUGGAUACAGGUACUAUACCGAAGAAAAAUUUGGAUGUCAUGAAUGAAGCAAUUGAAGAAGCUGCCGUUGAUAUUAAAAAACGAAAGAAAAAAUUGAAAAAAGAAAAGAAACGAAAAUUGGCAGAAAUGGAAGCAGCCGAAGAAAGUAUGAUCGAUAUGAAUGGUAAUCAUGAAUCGGCGGAAAUGUUGGUAGCCAACGAUGGUGAAGAAGAACAAGAAGUGGUGAAAAAACCGAAAAAAAAAAGAAGAAAAACACAUAAUGACGAUAGUGUGAUGCUCACGGCAUAGAGAAUGUGUUUGAAACUUGAAUUUUUUUUUUUUUUGUUUUUUUUUCAUUCAUUCAAUAUAUAAUCAAUCAAUCAAUUUUAUUCAUUACAACGAUUUAUACAAUUCAAUUCAAUGCUUUUAUUUCAUCAUAAACAAUAUCGAUUUUUGAACAAUCCA